CGUUCAAGGACUUUACGGCAAGGAGAUGCUCCCGUUUCGACUCGAGCGUGGUCUCGUCUUUACGUGUUGAUACACUACAGCUAAGCGGAAAGGAUCCCAAGGAGAAUACGCACGGAACCACGAACAUGGGACCUAAUUGAAGCAAGCUUCCGAGAAAGACACGAGUGUCGCAACGAACAAGGGCUACAGUUAUAAAAAGCUUCCUAAAGUUCGACUAGUCGUGUGGUGUGCGUGCACUUUGCGUCGAAUUCCUUUCGCCAAGUGCUGGUGUGUUCCUCUGCCGAAACCGAUGAAGCCCCGCAGCCACAACCAGACGUUCGAGGACAUUUGAAGCGCCGAAGAAAACACGAAACAUCGUCAAGAUAAUUGGACAAAGGCAGCUUUAAGAAGAAUUUCAGCAUCGCUUCUCACGGACGGGCCCUCAAACGAAAUGAAAGCUCGUCGAAGCCGUUGCACUUGGUGGCGAUAAAGGAAAGACGCUGGAUGAUUUUAACUCCACGACACAGCGAUCUACAUGCCACCGGGGACUCUUCGCAUCGUGUUGAGACGGCAAAGGGGACGACGAAGCAUCGCAAAACAAAGUUCGGUUCGCGCGUUUGCACUCGCCUGACUUUUUCCUCGAAACGCCGCACAACCAUUUUCCGGCCUCGGGGGAGUUUGAUCGCACAGCCACGAGGGAUGCUUCGAUCGUUCAGCCGUCGACGCGAAGAAGGUAAUUGCCAGAAAAGCAGCCAGUCAGUCGUCCAAAGCGUCUUGUUUUGCUCGCACGCUGCAAGACCUUCUUCCGUCUGUCCGAUCCGUCAUCCAACUUUGGUCUAAGGUAUUUCCCCCCACCGUCCGGCCCAACAAAAGACAAGACGAGAGACACGGCUCCUCCCUCCCCGCAAAAAAAAAGGCCAACAGUGCGUAGCUUCGAACUCGUAAUUGCGGACAUGAGCUAUUAAAACCACGAGAAACAGAAGACGUCGUGCUUAGCCGGCGCCGCAACAGGACCCCGACCUAGGAGCGGACGACGGGCAUUUCUGCCGGCGGCGGGCUUCGCGACGCUUUCAGCGCUGCCACCAGGUGCGGGCCGCUGGAUCGCAUAUGUCAAUUCAGAAGCUGCUCCCCUCUUGCUUGUUUCUCAAGUAGAAGGGUGGCAUGCCGGCGUUACUCGCGAGUUUGAAGAAUCGUUGCGCUCAUUUGGCAGAGAAGAGCAGUUGAUCUCCCAGCCAGCACUAUCAUCUUGAAAUCCCGCCGGCUUCUUUCAUGAGGCUGGAGGUACACAGCGCAAAGCUGAACCAGUCUGCGCCGGCGGGCUAGUAAGAUGUAAAGGGGGCUGCGCCGUUCAGUGUAUGUAAGGUUCCACGCGUCUGUACGAGUGAAAUGUAAAAUGCCGCAGCUUGGAACUCUAUUUGUUAAGCUUGAAGCUCAUGGUGAAUCCUGUGCAAGAGGAC